UCCACCCCCACCCACCAAGAAAGUCAUCGCAGCCAUGAACCGCCAAGAAGAACCACCGGAGAAGACGAGAAAGACGUCAGAACCACCAUCAUGUCCAUCAUUCUCUUUACUUCCAGAUGAAAUCGUCGUGGACUGCUUAGCCCGGAUCUCCAGAGCGUACUACUGGAGACUCUCGAUCAUUUCAAAAAGCUUCCGGUCCCUCGUCUCUUCCAAGGAGCUCUACGCAGCUCGAGCUCGCAUCGGAAACACCGAGCAGUGUCUCUACGUCUGCCUCUCGGAUGACAAAUCUCCCCAAUGGUAUACCCUCUGGAUUAACCCUAAUCGAACCCUAACCGUCCCCGCGAUCAAGAAGAACAAGAAAACCCUCGAGCUCGGAUACUCGUCAUUGGCUCCAAUUCCGUCGUCUGAUUUUCCUUCAGUAUCCGAAUCAACCCUAGUUGUUGGUUCGGAAAUUUAUGUUAUCGGCGGACCAACCAAGACCGUACGAAUACUUGAUUGUCGUACUCAUACGUGGCGUGAUGCACCUAGCAUGACCAUAGCCCGAAGGGAUGCUCUCACAUGUCUCUAUGAUGGAAAAAUAUAUGUCAUGGGAGGAUGCGGGGUACUGGAGGAGCCAUGGGCUGAGGUGUUCGACACGAAUACGCAAACUUGGGAACCUCUCUCUGAUCCUGGUACCGAGAUACGUAAUAUAGGUAGCUGUGCCUUUUGCAAAAUCAAAGAAAUAAAAGGAAAGAUUUACUUUUGGAAUUCAAACAGAAGGUAUGCUUAUGACGCAAGCCAAGAUAACUGGGAGAGUUUUGCGGAUUUUUGGGAGUCAAGGACAUGUUUGAUCGAUGGUGCUGUACAGUACUACUAUAUUCCCAAUUCAGCAUGUGAGAUUGAUGGUGUAUGGUAUUCUAUAACUCGUCGUCCCAACUUCCGCGUAAGAAACCCUACGUUAAUUAAUUCUCUUUGGCUGAUGUGGUCAAAGGAUGGAGUAGAUUGGGAAGUUGUGAAAGGGUUAUACUCAUUAAGAGAGAUGCACAAAAGGAAUGGUGGCUCUAGUAGAAAUACAACUAAGUUAGUUAGCUGUGGUGGGAAGCUCUUACUUUUGUGGGAAGGUUAUAUGAAACAUAAUCCCAGUAAUAGGAAGAAGAUUUGGUGCGCGGAAAUCACGUUGAAAACUGAUGGUGGACGUGACGUUUGGGGUAAUGUUAAGUGGAUUAAUGUUGUGCGAAGCGUUCCCACACAGUGUGAGCUCUUGCAUUGUCUCGUUGUCUCCGUUUGAUGGACUUGUAUCAAAGAUGAAGUUAAGAAAGUAUAUUUUCCCCUUAUAUAUAUAAUGUGAAGGAAUCAGAAGCAAAUGGAGAGCAACAAGAGUUAAGGAGAAGUUUCAAGAAAAAAACAAGAGUUAAGGAGAAGAAUUAUAGGGGUUGAAAGUCAAGUUUAUGAACAUGAAAUUUUAUCAUUUUGUCAAACUACCUCGGCAACUUUGUUUUGUCUUUUGAUAUUUUUAUCUAUUCUUUGAC